AUGCCAAAGAUCUCUGUCCUUAUGGCCGCCUUGGGCCUCUCGUUGACGAAUAUCCCGGGCGUUGUUUCAUCAAGUGUCCCCCAGUCCAUCGCUCACUCGAGAAUCCUCCCCAGAGCUUGUGACGUCAAGGCAGCGUACGACUACAUUAUCGUUGGAGGAGGUACCUCCGGCCUGACAGUCGCUGAUCGAUUGACGGAAAGCGGCAAGCACAACUCGUCUCAGGUGAACACCGUCACGACUGGCCUGCUAUCCUGGCGCAACCAGUCCCACACCUUCAAUUUCUCCUCCUUACCCCAAGAGGGUCUCAACGGCCGCAAGAUCAAUGUCAUUGGCGGCGUCAUGCUCGGUGGCUCGACGGGCGUCAACGCCAUGCAGGUCCACCGCGGUCAGAAGGAGGACUACGACAGAUGGGGGUCCUACUUCAGCAAUGAAUCGGAAUGGAGUUGGGAUGGCCUGCUGCCCUACUUCAAAAAGGCGUGGAACUUCCACCCUCCUACCCCCGAGCUGACGGAGCAAUUCGACAUCAAGUACGACGAGAGCUUCUGGGGCAACUCAUCCGGCAUCCACGCUUCGUUUCCGACUUUCCACUGGCCUAUGCUGAAGACCGAAGUAGAAGCGUUUAAAGAAAUACGAGGCGUCGACUUCCCCGCCGACUCAGGCGCCGGCGAGCCGGGCGUCUUCUGGUAUCCAACCUCCUUCGACCCGGCCACCGUAACGCGGUCCAUGGCCAGGCGAGGCCACUGGGACGGCAUCGAGGCCGCGCGGGACAACUACGAGACCAUUACCGGGCAUAAGGUACUCAAGGUCCUCUUUAAUGACGGCAGCGACGGUGACAGUGACAGUGAGACCGAGACCCGGACCGCCAUCGGCGUCUCUUACGUCGAGGCAAACUCCACCACCGCAAGGGGCGCGCGGAUCGUAAAGGCCAGGAAGGAGGUUAUCCUGGCCACGGGAUCCAUUCACACGCCGCAAAUUCUGCAGCGCAGCGGCGUGGGUGAGAGGCCGCUUCUCGAGGCCGCUGGGAUCGAGGUUGUCGUCGACUUGCCCGGCGUGGGACAGAAUUUCCAGGACCACCCUGUCGGUGCCGGGGCUACCUUUACCUUCACCAACUUUGACGUCCAUCCGGACAUGACCGACCUCGUCAACAACCAAACCUUCAUCGACGAAGCCAAAGCAGAGUUCGAAGCAAACCGAACCGGACCUCUUACCAUAGGCGCGGGCAACGUAGCAACAUUCCUCCCCUUCCCAGUAAUAGCCCCCUCCUUCGAAGCCAUCACAUCCGCCUACGAAUCCCAACCCCCCUCAGCCCACCUGCCCCCCGAUACACACGCAACCGUAAUAGCAGGCUACGCAGCCCAACAAACCCGCCUCGCAGCAGCCCUCCGCUCCCCCGGCGCCGCCUUCUACAACUUCUUCCUCCGCGGCGCGCCGACAGAAAGCAACUUUGUCCUCCUCCACCCGCUAUCGCGCGGCACAAUCUCCCUCAACACCAGCGACCCCUUCUUUUCCGAACCCGUCGUCGACUACCGCGCGCUAAGCAACCCGACCGAUCUCGCCGUGCAAAUCGAGUUUAUCCGCUUCACCCGACGCUACUUUCUCGAGUCCGCGACGCUGGCGCGCUACGCGCCCGUGGAGACGGUUCCCGGUGCGAACGUUACCACCGACGAAGCGCUGGGCGAGGCCGUGAGGAGGAUGGUGAGCCCGACGACGUUUCACCCCGUCGGCACGGCGGCUAUGAUGCCGAGAGCGUUGGGAGGGGUCGUGGAUGAGGGUUUGGAGGUGUAUGGGGUCCGGGGGUUGAGUGUUGUUGAUGCGAGCGUGAUGCCUGAUUUGCCGGGGGCGUAUACGCAGCAGACUGUGUAUGCUGUUGCUGAGAAGGCUGCUAGUUUGAUUAAAGCCCGGGCGUGA